AUGUCGUACAGUAUAACUGCCAUAGCUACCAAGGUGCUUCCUGGAAAUAUACAGCAGCUUGUGGAGGGAGCUGUAAAUGGGCUUUCAGUGAAGAUCGUGGAGAGCACUAUUUUGGCUGCCAACAAAGCUAUUGAUUUUUCAUUUGAAUGCGAUAAAUUUGACGAGGUGAAAAACAAGCUCAAGUUGGUGAAGAUCCCAGAUGUGGAUCUGGAAGUACUCGAGAAUGGCCCUGCUCGGAAGAACAAGAAGCUGGUUGUGUUUGAUAUGGACUCGACUCUGAUCUACCAAGAGGUGAUCGAGCUCAUUGCAGCUCAGGCAGGAGUGGAAGACGAGGUUGCCAGAAUCACAAACCUAGCGAUGAAUGGAGAAAUCGACUUCAAAGAAUCGCUCAGAAGACGAGUUGCAUUGCUAAAAGGAAUACCUUCUGCAGAUCUCUGGGGAAAGCUUAAACCGCAGCUCAAAAUCACCAAGGGAGCCAGGGAGCUUUGUGCUACCUUGAAGAAAAACGGCUGCAUAAUGGCAGUCUGUUCCGGUGGCUUUUUGCCAUUGGCUGAGUACAUAAAAGAGGAGCUUCAUUUAGACUACGCCUUUGCUAAUCAGCUCAAAACGGAGGUUGUGGAUGGCAAAGAGGUCCUCAGUGGACAACCGGAAGGUGAGAUUGUUGAUGGCUACAAAAAAAGGGCAGUCUUGGAGAUGCUUGCUGAAAAACAUCAAAUCGAUUUGGCCUACACUGUCGCUAUCGGUGACGGCGCCAACGACUUGCUAAUGAUGGCCAGCGCAGGACUCGGUAUAGCCUGGAACGCGAAGCCAAAAGUGCAACUAGAGGCGGACUGUCGACUUAACACAGACUCCUUGAGAGAUGUGCUGUACAUUUUUGGAUAUAGAGACGAGGAUAUAUAA